CAGAAGUUCGAUCUCUUUAGAGCUUUUAUCAGAUGUAGUCUCUAUUAAACGCUGAACAAAAGAGCUUUCGCUCAGUUGCGACUUGAGCUUUGGAAGUAUUACACACAAUCGCAUCCAAACGAUCCACAUAUCGAAAUAACAAAUGUCGACUGUAACUGCACCGGAAUGGGUAAACCAACAGCUUUUCAGUGAUUUACUGAAACAGAAUUACGCAGAUUUUGAUACAAUACAAAAAUUUGAGUGCACUUCAGCGAUCAGUGGAGGGGAAAACUACUUGACGAUUGUGUUGAGAAUCAGCAUUGAGAUGCGACUGAGAGAUGACAGCAGCAAAGCGGAGAGUUACAUACUGAAAAUUCCAUUGGUCAAUGAUCGUGGCGAUGAGCACGACUUUCAUGAAUUGUUUAUCGCUGAGGCUGAUAUGUACGAGCGUUUGGUGCCCGAGCUCGAGCAGUUGUAUGCCAAGCAUACAGAGCUCUCUGUGAGAUUCAAGCCGGCUCAUCUGAAGUUCAUCGAGAACCCGCCCAACUGUGACUAUAUAUUGAUGGAAGACUUGCGCUCGCAGGGCUACAUAAAUCUCGAGCGUAUGAUAGGCCUGGGACAAACGGAAAUCAAGGCCGUGCUUAAGAAAUUAGCCCAAUGGCAUGCAGCCUCCGCUCAAAGAGUCGUCGAGCUGGGCGACUAUGAAGAAACCUAUCAGAAAAGUUAUAUGUCAGAGGAGUGCCUAAAAUGGAUCGAGCAAUCGAAUAUAACAUUCAAUGUGCCCUUUUUGGAGUGCAUGCAGCAGUAUUACGAGCUAGAGCCUGGUCAACAGCAGUUGAUAACCAAUUACACGGAUCGCCUGACAGACCUGUAUUUGGAUUUUGGUCGUGUAAACAAAUCCGAGUUUAAUGUGCUUAAUCAUGGAGAUUUCUGGUGCAAUAAUUUCCUCUUUCAACUGAAUGCAGGCGAGAUCAAGGAUAUUUGCUUUGUGGAUUUUCAAUUGCCAAAAUAUGGUACACCGGCUCACGACUUGUUCUGUUUGUUGAUGACAACACCUAAUAUACACAUUAAACUGGAGAAAUUCGAUGAUUUCAUAGAGUAUUAUUACGAAGAGCUUAUUGCCCAUCUGAAGCUGUUCAAGUAUGCUAAGAAAAUGCCGACAUUGACGGAAUUACAUGAGAAUCUACGACGGCACAGUCUCUGGGCAUUUGUAUGCGCUCAACGAAUGCUUCCCGUAACGCUGUUUCCCCCCAGUCCUGACUCAAAUGUUGCGAAUUUUAUGGGCGACUCAGAGACGGCUUUGGACUUUAAGCGUAAAAUGUUCACAAAUCCCAGCUUUGUGAAGCAAAUUAAGCUUAUAUUACCUUGGCUUAUUCAAAGAGGCUAUGUUAACUAAG